GGGGACUAGGUGACCAAGUUUUGAGUGAUACAGGGUGCUCAUGUGACUAUAUUGGCCUGCGGAACUAACGUCCACCCCCUGUUCCAGGGGCACCAUCUCCACAUUUCUCAUCCCUGAUUCCCUUCUCCUAUGUACAAACCAUUAAGUUAUUAUGUAGACUCUCUUUUAGCUACUCUCUUUAGUGUAGGAAUCCCACUCUCUGCCGCUAUCUAACACUACUAUCUAUGCACAUCGACAAAGCGGAGUAAGAUUCGGCCUUUCUACCUACCUAGUCCGCACCCCCACCACUGCACCGAACCCAAUGCUCCGCUCCAUCAAGCAAACAACGCCGAUCCGGCCCCCCUCCCACCCCACCACCGCCCCGGGGGAUCGGAAGCGGCCGGCCAACCUACGCUACGUCUACACGCUCACGGCCUUCGUCUCGCUCGGCGCCUUCCUCUUCGGCUGGGACCAGGGCGUCAUGGCCAUGAUCAUCGCCGACGCCCGGUGGCUGGCGCUCAUGCAGCCCGCGAGCGACUGGAGCGUCGGCUUCGUCGUCAGCGUCUACAACAUCGGCUGCGUCGUCGGCGCCAUCACCACCGGCUUCUUCGCCGACGCGUGCGGGAGGGAGCGCACGCUUUCGCUCGCCAGCUCGGUGUUUGUGGUCGGGGCGUUGCUGCAGGCUGCGGCGUACACGAUCGCGCAAAUUAGCACCGGACGCUUCGUCCUCGGCCUCGGCGUCGGCGCAUACUCAGCCGGCGUCCCGCUGUACAUCUCCGAGAUAUCGCCCGCCUCGCUCCGCGGCAGGAUCGUCGGGAUCGAGCUGAUGAUCCUCUGCUUCGGGGAGAUGGUCGUCUUCUGGGUCGUGUACGCCUUCUACUUCCUCGCCUCCGACGACUGGUGGCGCAUCCCGCUCGCCAUCCAGGUCGUGCCCGCGCUCGUCCUCGCCGUCGGGUGCUGGACGUGGGUGCCGCCGAGCCCCCGGUGGCUGGUGGCGGAGGAACGGUACGAGUGUGCGCUCGAGGUCCUCUCGAGGCUCCAUGGCUCGGAAGCGGCUGAGCUCGAGAUCAGCGAGAUUCGGAAGACGGUGUCGGAGGAGGAGAUCACGACGCAGGCGUCCUGGUCCGAUAUGUUCAAGGGGCCGGUCUUGAGAGUCACGCUGUUGGGGAUGGGCAUACAGAUGUUCCAGCAAAUCACAGGCACGAACGGGAUUUUCUACUACGCGCCGUCGCUCUUCAAAAAGGGGGGCAUCGUCGACCCCACCAUGGCCAACCUCGCAACCGGCGGGAUCGGAGUGGUUCUAUUUCUCAGCUCUUGGAUCCCCAUCUUUUACUUCGACCGCUUUGGACGCAAGACCUGGCUUCAGCUUGGUCUCAUUGGCAUGAUCACCGCGCUGAUUGGGAUCUGUGUCCUGCAGCAGCACGCGGCAGACUAUCCGAACAGUCCCAGCAACAACGCCAUUGUCAUCUUUCCGUACAUGUUUUUUACGUUUUUUAAUAUGAGCUGGAGCUCGGGCUCUUGGACGUACGCGGCGGAGAUUUUCCCCAUUUCUUUACGUGCCAAGGGGAAUGCUCUAUGUACGGCUUCUCUGUGGAUAUCGAAUUUUGUAGUAGCCCAGGCGUCGCCUCCGAUUGAAAGCGCCACAGGCUAUGGUCUGUACGUGAUGUUUGCCGUCAUAUGCGUAGUUGCACUCUUCUUCGUGCGGUGUUGCUUAGUGGAAACCAAGGGCCGGUCGCUCGAAGAGAUGGCAGAGCUUUUCGGAAUCGAUAGACAUGGCAAAGAUCCAAAUCUGCAGGGUUCUGUCACACAAGGGCUACUCCAAGCGAAUCUGAGAGACGAGGAUUCUACAUUAGUUGACGAUGACUCGGAGUUGACCGAAUAGGGAUAAUCAUGAUUAUCACCUGCUGGGACUUUGCUUUCUUCCUUCCGAACAUUUAAUCGU